GUUAUCGAUUCGAUUCGUCGUUUAUUAACACUGACAGCAUUCGAUAAUCAUAUGUUCGCUAUUAUUAAGAAAAACAAUAACAAAUUUGUCGGCAUCCCGAAUAAGAACUUUUAUUUCUUUUUUUCGCUAAAGUUUUAAGAAUAUCUGAUGGCCACACGAUUGGGUCUAUAUUUACGAAGUCAUGUUAGACGCUAUACAUCCGCCUCUGUCACAGGAGUAGGCUCAACUGGCGUCAAUACAAAAGAGGUAGACCCUCCGAAGUGCAGUUCCCCUUUGAAGAUGGGCGGCUGGCAGCUUCAUAACUACGGCGACGAGCUACAGCUUUCCGAUAAGGUCAAGAUACCCCAGAUACGUAAUUCCCAGGAUUGCCUUGUCAAGGUGCGAACAACUUCAGUGAAUCCCAUUGACGUGGCCAUGGCCCGUGGUUAUGGGGCAACAGUGCUCAAUAAGCUACGUUGCCAGCCGGGCGAUGGCAUUGAGUUUCCCCUUACCCUGGGUAGAGAAUUUUGCGGCGAGUUGGUACAGAAAGGCAUGGGAGUGACUUCGAAGGACCUAAAGCAAGGAACGCGUGUAUGGGGCGUAGUGCCCUUACAAUCACCAUACGGAGCACAUGCUGAAUAUGUGUCAGUGCCUGCAAGCUGUUUGGCCCCAGCCCCUGCCGAACUUGACGACAGUGAAGCAGCCAGUGUUCUGUAUGCAGGUCUUACAGCGUGGUCGGGUCUCUAUAUAACUGGUGGAUUGGGUGGUUUAUGUGGUGCCACUACGUCAUCUGGUGGUGGAUCGCAAAAGCGCAUUCUCGUGUUGGGCGGUUCCGGAGGUGUGGGCUCUUUGGCCAUACAAAUACUCAAAUCACAAGGAGCUCAAGUCUUGGCUACUUGUAGUGAAAAUGCCAUUGAAUUAGUUCGUUGUCUUGGCGCAGAUUUUGUAGUUGAUUACAGUAAUCCAGUAGCCAUGGAAGAGUUGUGCAAUUUUGCUCCUUUCGACAUUGUAUUGGAUUGCGCUGGACAAGGCGGCCAGCAUGCAGCAGAACUCAAGUUCGACUAUCGCCAAUACAUAACUUUCUCUUCUCCGCUGCUUGCUAAUAUCGAUCGAAAUGGUCUUGGCUUUGGGGCACUACAAAACUUGUCUGAUCUAGUGCGAACCAAUGUUAAAUCUCUAACCCAAAGAGGAGGCUUAGUUAAGUGGGGAUUCUUUAGUCCUGCACCACAUGGUAUACAAUUUUUACAAAAUCUCGUUCAAAAGCGAAAGCUUUUGCCGCUAAUUGACACCAGUUUUGAAUUUUCGGAAAUGCCAAAGGCUUUUGAGCGCAUGCAAAAUGGACAUUUGCGUGGCAAGAUUGUGAUAAAGCUUUAGAUUAAGACUGAUUUGUUACUGUUAGUAUUUUAGUUAUUGUUGAUUAAAAACACCGUAAAAAGCAUAAAAAGUAAAA